GUGACUCGGCCGGGGCGCCGCGGCGCGGGCCGGGAUGGAGUGAGGGGCGAGCGCUGGACAGAGCGCGGCCCUGCGGCCCCCGCCCGUAUCUCGCUCCGCCCCGGGUCUAUGCGGCCCCCCGGAUACCAUGGGAUCCAGGAUCAAACAAAAUCCAGAAACUACCUUUGAGGUGUAUGCAGAAGUGACCCACUCAGGAAUCAGCUGCAUUGGGAAAGAUCCUGAGGUGCGGAGGCAAUUCCCAGAGGGCUACAGUGACCAGGAAGUUCUACAGACUCUGACCAAGUUUUGUUUCCCCUUCUAUGUGGACAGCCAUGCCAUUAACCAAGUUGGGCAGAACUUCACGUUUGUGCUCACAGACAUUGACAGCAAGCAGAGGUUUGGCUUCUGUCGCUUAUCUUCAGGGGCCAAGAGCUGCUUCUGUAUCUUAAGUUACCUCCCGUGGUUUGAAGUCUUUUAUAAACUGCUCAAUGUCUUGGCAGAUUAUUCAGCAAAAGGACAGGAUAGUCAGAGGAGUGAGCUCUUGGAAACAUUUCAUAAACUUACCAUCCCUGAGCCAGGAACCUCUGUUCAUCUUGGAGUGCACUCUUACUUUACUGUGCCUGACACCAGAGAGCUUCCCAGUAUACCUGAAAAUAGAAAUCUGACAGAGUAUUUUGUAGCAGUUGAUGUCAACAACAUGCUGCAUCUCUACGCCAGUAUGCUGUACGAGCGCCGCAUCCUCAUUUGCUGUAGUAAGCUGAGCACUUUAACUGCCUGUAUCCAUGGGUCUGCAGCCAUGCUCUACCCGAUGUUCUGGCAGCACGUUUACAUUCCUGUCCUGCCCCCACAUCUCCUGGACUACUGCUGUGCCCCCAUGCCCUACCUCAUUGGAAUACACUUAAGUCUGAUGGAGAAAGUAAGAAGCAUGGCCCUGGAAGAUGUGGUGAUCCUUAACGUAGACACCAACACACUGGAAACCCCUUUUGAUGAUCUCCAGAGCCUCCCCAAUGAUGUGGUUUCUGCACUGAAGAACAGAUUGAAGAAAGUCUCUACAACCACUGGAGAUGGUGUUGCAAGAGCGUUUCUAAAAGCACAAGCAGCUUUCUUUGGGAGCUACAGAAACGCCCUGAAAAUUGAACCUGGUGAGCCCAUCACUUUCUGUGAGGAGGCGUUCGUGUCACACCGCUCGUCUGUGAUGAGGCAGUUCCUGCAGAACGCCAUCCAGCUUCAGCUCUUCAAGCAGUUCAUUGAUGGACGUCUGGAUCUGCUGAACUCUGGAGAGGGCUUCAGUGACGUGUUUGAAGAGGAGAUAAAUAUGGGAGAAUAUGCAGGUAGCGACAAACUGUACCACCAGUGGCUGUCCACAGUGAGGAAAGGAAGUGGAGCCAUUUUAAACACAGUAAAGACCAAGGCUAACCCUGCCAUGAAGACUGUCUAUAAGUUUGCAAAAGAUCAUGCAAAAAUGGGAAUAAAAGAAGUGAAAAACCGCUUGAAGCAAAAGGACAUUGCUGAGAACGGGUGCUCGGCAGCGCCAGAGGAGUCCCUGCCAAGGACAGCACCAUCACCACUGGCUGAGAAGAAAGACCCAAAAAUAAGAGAGGACAGAAGACCAAUCACAGUACAUUUUGGUCAGCAGCACAGACUCCGCCCGCCGCGCCCGCCGCCCCCAAAGAUCCAGCGGUCCUCCAGGCCCGUUCGUCCCCCAAGACCUCAUGUGGUUAAGAGGCCCAAGAGCAACAUUGGUGUGGAGGGCCGGAGGACCUCAGUUCCCAGCCCAGAACACCUCGUAAAGCCCAUGCGACACUAUACAGUCUUCCUCUCUGAGGACUCCUCUGAUGAUGAAUUUCAGCAGGAAGAGGAUCCUGUCUCUGGCUUCUCUGAAAACUUUUUCUUCUCUGCUCCUUUCGAAUGGCCUCAGCCGUACCGGGCGCUGAAGGAGUCGGACAGUGCCGAUGGAGAGGACGUGGGCAGCCCCGAGAAAGGCAGAGAGCCGCUGCCCCCCAGCCCCCUGCUCUCCAGCAAGGCCUCAGAAGUCAACCUCCUGGAAGACAUCUUCCCCAGCUUGGGAGUAGAAGCACAGCCCCAGCCCCUGAGCCAGGCCAAGAGCCUGGAGGACUUGCGGACACCCAAGGAGGAGGCGGAGCAGCGCUGCUCCUUUGAAUACCAGAGAAUGGAUCUUGGUGUGUCCGAGAGGAACAGGAUUGUGCCAAGCAUGAAGCUGUCCCACCCUUACAACAAGCUGUGGAGCAUGGGCCAUGAUGAUAUGGCUAUUCCCACCAAAUAUUCCCAAAGCUCACCCGAAAGACCCUUGGCAGCCCUGGGUAACAUGCCCCCCAUCACCAGGAGACCCCAGAGCAGAGACAGUGGUCUGGCUUCUGCAGAAAAGGAUGAAUCCAAUCCCACCAUUCAAGGGAACAUCACCAUUCCUAGGCCACAGGGAAGAAAGACUCCAGAACUGGGGAUUGUGCCACCACCACCAGCACCCAGGGCUUCCAAGCACCAGGCUCUGGCGGGGUCAGCGGAAAUCCUCACCCCCCAUGGGCGCAGCCACUUGGUUUCAGAUCUUAUCCCAGAGCCCUUUGGGGCUGGGAAUGUGUCCUUAGACCCCGAAAUGCAGCAGUCUGUAAAUCCCUCCUCUCGCCCAUCGCAGCUGCUGUGCAGUGCUGCCGGCACUGCUGAGAUGCUGCAGCCCGUGCGGGUGAAGACGGAAUGUGCAGGGAACGAGAGCGAGCUCCUGCUGAGCCUGCUGGACCCGCUGAGAACCACGGGCUGGCCAGGCCCAGCCCCUCCAGGCUCAGCCCUGCCAGGCCCAGCCCUGCCUAGCUCAGCCCUGCCAGGCCCAGCCCUGCCAGGCUCGGCCCCUCCAGGCUCGGCCCCCCCAGGCUCGGCCCCCACUCCCACCUUCAGCUCCCUGCCAAGUGACUUUGUGCCUCCUCCAGCUGCACCCUUUGCCCAGCCCCUUGGCUACCCUGCCCCAGCUGCAGCUCCUUUUCUGCAGCCCUCCCCAAAUCCAUUCACCCAGACACUGCCAGGAGCCCUUCCAGUGUCCCUGGUCAGGCCCCCGAGGGGCUCCUUCACCCCCUCCUUAGGUCACGCUUACAGCUCCAGCUUCAUAAGCCCCACUGCCAGCUUCUAUCCACCACAGAGACCUCAGCCCCACAUGGCCACUCUGUCCAUGCCAAACCUGUUCAGCCAGGCUCCAGCUGUGCCAGCAGCUGGCUCCUUGCUCCUGCAGCGCCACAGCCCUUCUCCCACCAGCUCCCUGCAGCCAGCGUGUCUGGGUGCUCCCUCCAAACCCCGAACGCUGCAGGUGGGCCAGCCCAGCACAAAGAUAGAUCCCAAACAAUCCCUGGCUCUUCUGGCUGGUGAACCCCCUCUGGUCCCUGCCAGGCCAGCCAAGGGCUUGGAGUCGGUGUUACUGUCCUCAAAAUCUGAGGAGACAAAAGAUCCAUUUGAAGAUCUGUUAAAAAAGACCAAGCAGGAUGUGUCACCCACACCAGGUAAGGUGGAGCAACUCAGAAAGCGAUGGGAAACCUUUGAGUGAUGCGCCCCAUGGCCUUGGUGUCCUUAUGGAAGUGACAGAGGGAUUUUUUUGGUUUUUUUGAGCCAGCAUAAAACCAAGCAUUUCUUUUAAGAAAGGCUGAGCCAGGAGCGCUGCAGGACCAUCGCUGAGCUGCAACUCAACACAAGAGCUUUUGCCCACAGGUCAGAGUCUCCCGUGUCCCAGUCCCUGGCACUGCUUCCUCACUCUCCCCACCACUGAACCUUGGGAUUCCUGCACUGACCAAAGUCUGAGGGGAGGUGGGUUAGGUUGGAUUGGGUUGGGAUUUCCACACACAGCUUUUCAGGCAGCACUGCUGAUGCACAAGUUCCUCCCUCCCUGUAUUUUCAGUCCUUGGCACACCUGGAGCAUGACACAGCCCACUCUGCUGGGGUUCAUUCCUGCCUCUGGGAAUGGACAUCAGUUUUUCUGGUAUUACACACAGUUACACACAAUGUUUUGUUUCCAUGUGCAAAGUGCAGCAAACCAGCCCAUAAGUUACUGAACUGAUCCAUGGGCUCUGUGCUCACUGAACCCCAGCCACUCCUGGAGCUGUCAGAGGGACUUUGGUGGCACCUUUAACUCUCCCCUGACCCCCAACACUGACAGCCAGGGCAGAGUUGUCACAGGCCUGGAAACCACAGCACAGAGCAGCUGCUCAGGGAUUGGUCCUGCAUCUCUGUUGGGAAACUGGAAACACCAGCAAUUGUUUUCAUUUUUUUGACUUUGUUUUUGUUAAAUACAUCAGAAAAUAGAGGCCAUAAAGAGUAUCCUAGUUCUUAUAUAUGUGUAUCUUAAUAUUAUCUAUCGAUAUUAUAAACUGCAGUGUAUGAAUGGAAUGUAACAAUAUCUUACUUGAUUACAAGAUUUUCUCAAAAAAGAGAAAACCCGUGGGGUAUCGAGGUUCCCAGCUGCUGAGUGCAGGGGCAGGCCGGUGUGCUGCGGGCAGGGCGUGGCCCGAGGGGGAUCUGGGCUCGGUGGCCUCGCUGAGCCUUGGGCUGGCCCCGCCUGGCUGCGAGCGCAGGGGAGGCUCAGCUGGGUGUUCUGAGCCCCCUCUCUGUUCUCCAGACAUUUCACACAAGCCUCAGCAUCCCCCAGGAAAGCUGCUGGCUCUGAUCAUUUCUGUUUCACUUCAGUGGUGCUUUUUUGGUUUGUUUUGGGCACACUCUGGUGUCAAACCUGUCACUCUGGCAGAGGGAAUCGCAUCACCAUUGAGCCUUUGCUAAAGGAAAUCAUCUUGGACACAUGGGAAGAUUCUUGUAAAGCUUUAUCUUGAUUUCCAAUGUAUCUAUUUUCUUCAUGUUAUCUUGGAAGUUUUCUUACUUUGGGGAAUGGGAAUGGCUGUCUCUGUGUUCGAGUCUGGGCAGUACAAAAGAAAAAUAAUAUCUGAAAUGCUGCUGGUUUUGGUAAGACCACAAUAUUCCAGGAAUAUUCUGUUUCUGUACAGUGCUGUUCCUCUGACAGGCCAUUCACUUGGAUUUGUACUUUCUUUUUGUGUUGAAAGACAGAUGGGUUUAGUAUUGAAUAGUAAAAUAUUUGAAGUCUAA